AAUGCACCAGGAUUAAGAUAAACAGUGACACCAACUUUAUAUUGCGAGCAUAACCUUUGUUGCCUUUUCUUCUUUUGCAUACACUUGCGCUAUGCGAAUGCACUAUUCUUCUUUAGUGAUAUUGCCUGUGAACAGAUAUGAUGCUCUGAAAUACAAAGUCGGAGUUUAUCCUAGUCGCUGGUGCAGUUGGAGUUUGUUUUCCAUUUAUAUUAUGGUAGAAGCAAAUUUUUUUUUUUUUUAUCAAAAGAAGCAAAGAGAGAAAAAAUACAGUGGGGAGGGACGUCGAUUCUGUUAUACACAGUGGUGUCUAAACGUGCAAAUUCUAUGAAAUUAUUGUUGGUGGAUCACACAAAUCUUAUGAGAAAUGCUUGAUUUGUUGUUCAUGCUUGUAUUAAAUCCCAAUUUCGAUCUUAUUUCUGACCUUUUCUUCCAUUAAUGCUAUCCAUACAAAAGCUUGAAUUUCAUCUCAACGCAAAUCCCUUUUCCCAGUCCCAAAGGGAAUGGAUGCUAGCCAUGAGUGCUUUUUGGAUGAUCACUAUGGUCAACACCAAUAAGAUGCCCUAUUUCUUGCAUUACAACUGAUUCCAAUUCUGCCGCAUUAGGUUCAGAAUUGGCACUCUAAUGGAACCUUGCUUGUCUACUUGAUGGAAUGCCAUGGGCUAAAGUCUCUUUGCAGCCUAACAGUUUUCCUUAUGUUUGGUUUAUGUAGCCCGAUUUUAUGUUCUGUAGAUUUAUUAGGCGUGACUUUCAGCUUGUUCAUUGUAUAUUAUUCCAAAUCUUGUUGGUUAUAAUCCCUACAAAACAGUAGAGGUCUGGUGUCAUAAAUCUCCCACAUAUUCAUCAUUGGCUUAUAAAAGCCUUCAGCUUUUGUAGCCAACAAAAGCAGGACCUCCCCUUUCCUUGAUGGUCUUCUCUUUAUCUUCUCAUAUUCCAAAAAUAACAGAACUUUCAAGGGUAAUUAUGUGAUUAGUGAAGAGAUGCCAAAACAUGAAAAUCUGUGUACAUCAACAUGUGUAUAUAUAGAAAACAUUAAGGACUAAUGGAUAGUGACAAUUUCUUCAAGUAGUCCUCCUAUUUUGGGGCUACCUUUUGAUUACAGCCUCUAGCUGGAGACAUGUUCUGAAAGCUUUCCAAGUCACCAUCUUUCCUUAUCCUUCUUCAACCCAACAAACAGAAAAUUCUCUGCAUACCAUUUCCUGCAGGACCAUCCCAUUUUGGCUGCAUUUUCAGGUUCUUUUGCAGCAUCAGAAGCCGGUGACUGUGCUAGAGGUAACGUGUAACAUUUUUUACCACCAGUUUCUUCGACAAAAUAUCCAAUCUUGCCAAUGUCGGAACCAUUGAUCAAUUCUUAUGAAAGCUCUCUAAUAAGGUAACAUGCAUGUAACAGUUUGUUCAUGAUAUGGACACCAAUUUUGUGUGUUUAUCCCAAGGAGCCAGAAAUAUGUUUGUAGGGCAGGAUAGAAUGGGAUCGCAAUUUGUCUUGCAUUAUUGUUCGUUCUUAUGCCUUUGAAAUUGUAGUUUCACUCUAAUUUGAGUUUCUACGGAACAAUGUCUUUCCACUAUCCAUUGAGAAACUUCUCAGUGGGAGCUUCCUUAUCAUCUGUACCAGAAAAAAUACCAUAUGAUCCACUGACAAGUACAACGCCUCAGAAUACCGUCACGUGCGCCUACCAGGCUUAUGUUGCAGGUUAUUGGCGCAAUCUCACGGUUUUUUGGUGCAAGAACCAUAUGAAUCACACCCUCAACCUCAUUAUCAAUAACCUUGAAGGUGAAGUUUGUUACAAUUGCAAGAUUGACCUUAAGCCUUGGCUUUUCUGGAGCAAAAAAGGGAGCAAGUCCUUCGAGCUUGAAGGGUGCCAAGUAGAUUUACAUUGGGAUUUCCGAUCAGCUAAAUUUGCUGGGAGUCCUGAGCCGGCUAGCGAUUAUUAUGUUGCUGUAGUUUCAGAUGAAGAGAUUGUAUUAUCGUUGGGAGAUUACAGGAAAAAGGCUUAUAAGAGAGCGAAUGUAAGACCACCACUUGUUGAGGCUAUCUUAUAUUUGAAAAAGGAACACGUAUUUCACAAGAAAACCUUCUCAACCAGAGCUAAAUUCGACGAAAAGAAACAUGAGCAUGAUAUUAUUGUAGAGAGUUCUACAGGAGGGCCAAGAGAUCCUGAAAUGUGGAUUAGCAUGGAUGGAAUCAUCAUGAUUCAUGUUCGGAAUUUACAGUGGAAAUUCAGAGGGAACCAAACUGUGAUGUUGAGCAGGCAACCGGUUCAAGUGUUCUGGGAUGUCCAUGAUUGGCUGUUUACUGCCCCUGGCACUGGCCAUGGCUUGUUCAUAUUCAAACCAGGGGUUUCAGAAUCAGAAGAUGACAGGGAUAGCAGCAGUUAUGGUGCCCAGAGUGAUACCAGUGAUGGGAGUAUGUAUUUUUCAACCAGGAGUGUCUCAGCAACACCAGAAUUCUGCCUUUUCCUUUAUGCCUGGAAGAUCGAGUAAGGUUUGUUGUAAUAUAUGGAAAUGGCUACAUGACACAGGAAUUCUUAUGGCUAGAACUUUCUCUGCCAGUAGAAGCUUAACCUGUAAAGUUAGUUAUCAGUUAUCUCCCUGAUCUGAGCCCUUUUAUGGAUCUAUAUCAGAUACAUUAUAUUUUCCAGGUCCAUUGUGGAAGCAUAGUUGAGAAUUUCAACAUGUAGUUUUAUCCAGUA